CAAGGGGGAGCUGAUGGCCUGAAGAUCGUAUCGUCACAUGCGGAGACAUUCAAUAAUCCGCAGUAGGAACCUGUUCCUGCCGGUUUUCGGGACUAUACUGUUUAUUCAGAAUGAGGGCCGGAGUUGAUGGACGACACCUGGACGACACAAACUGCCAUAAGUUGUUGGAGGUACGAUUCUGAGUUCAAUCAGCAUCCGUUGCUCGGCGCUAGAUGAUCCAGAAAGGCAAUUAACCAAGUUCCGACACUUUUCUUGGCAAAGCCGAGCAUCCGCAACAGUAGUCAGAUAUAAACCUGCAAACGCUUCUUGGUAUUCCCCUAUUCCCCAAUCAUGCAGGCGACACAAGUCCUCAAGAAACCCUGGGGCCUUAAGUGGAGAAGCUCCGUGUGGUUUGUGACUCUAGUUGUUGGCCUAGGAGUUACCACCGAUCUUCUUGUUUACUCGAUUAUCAUCCCAGUCCUCCCCUUCCAGCUUGAACACCUUGGAUAUAAGGGUAUUUCAGGAUUGGUCGGAUGGCUCCUGUUCGCAUACUCGGCAGGACUUGUCAUAUCAACACUACCGAUUGCUAUCUUCUCUGAGCAUUACAAUGCCAGAAAAUAUCCUUUGCUUUUUGGGCAAUUCUUUCUUGCUGCGUCUCAGGUCAUGCUCAUGGAAGUACCAACAUACUGGCUCAUGGUCAUAGCUCGCGUCAUUCAAGGCAUCAGCUCCUCCGUCGUGUGGGUUGUCGGUCUGGCCUUGCUUUGCGACACUGCGCCGGAAGCGACUGUCGGCAAACAAUUAGGCCUGGCAAUGACAGGCUUAUCCAUAGGCUUCCUGGUUGGACCGCCUGUUGGGGGUGCUCUAUACAACGCAUUCGGGUUUAGAGGCCCUUUCAUCUUCAGUAUCAUCGUCACGGCGGUCGAUUUUGUGGGUCGCCUGUUAGUUAUUGAGCGCAAGGAUGCUUGGCCUCACGGCAUCGAUCCAGCGGCUGUUUCAGAGAAACCCCAAGCGCACACAGAAGCAAUAAAUGAAGACGUAAAGGAUAGCAAAAUACCUGAUAAUUCUUCUCCUAGCCCAUUCCAGGAGGCUGUAGCCGCAGUGACGCCUACUGAGCACUCCGAGCCAGUGCCAGUGCCAGAGACUCGUCUACCUCUCCUUAAGGUUGUCACUACUCUCUUGCGGUCACCAAGAGCCAUGGUUACCAUUCUUAUUACUCUUAUUCAGGGAUUAGUGUAUAGCGCGACAGAACCGUCGCUGCCGCUUCAUCUUCAAGACGUGUGGCACCUUGCAGCUUCCAAAGUGGGCCUGAUCUACAUGGCGAUCGUGAUUCCUAGCUUGAUCUCUUCGCCACUUGCAGGAUGGUGGUCCGAUCGAGGGGGCACUGAAUGGGUCAUGAUGGCUUGCUUUAUUCUUUCAAUACCAUGGUGGAUAGUUUUGAUCGUUCAGAAAUCACUGGCUCUGUUCAUCGUUGCGAUCGCCAUACAGAGCUUCUUCACGUCUGGUAUACUGUCUCCGGUAACGGCAGAGCUUGCCGCAGUAUCCAGAGCGCACGUAGGGGUGGGAUAUGCUCAUGUGUAUGGUGCCUUCAAUUUAUGUUAUGGGAUAGGCUCAGGAUUGGGACCCGUUGUGGGCGGUCAGGUAAGCUUACGACAUCGUAUCCGCAAUAACUUUUCUCGACGUAAUAUCCGUCUCAGAUCUACGACCACGUUAAGCGAGGAUGGUUGGCUAUAUGUCUCCUAGCCGUCGGCUUAUUUCUCUUGGGUUCUGCAUUGACAAUUUCUUUUACUGGAGACCGGCCGUUACUAUCCAGGAUAGUCACCCGAUACCGAGAGGGGAGGUUAUUCAAGUUCAGACAUAGGCUCGCCAAUACUAUGGGCUGUCAAGUCAGCGCUAGCAGGACCGGUAAUCCUAACUCAACUUAAGCUAGAUAUAUUCAGAUAAAUAUAAUGUUAUAGUUUUUACAGUGAAGACAGCAGAAAUAUACUACGCUACAGAUUCCAGUUAUGUUGAACAGCUUGCGAAUGGCGAGUCGUUGUGACGACGAUCUAGUGAACAAUAGGAUGUAAUACAAUAUAAGCGCGAGUGAAAUGCAACAAAGCAAGAGACGACGAGAUAAACAAGGUAUGUGUACAACAGGGUCAUGAAGCGGAAAUUGUCAAGUCCGGGGCGUUUGUUGGUGGUGCUUGUCCAUAUGUGGUCAACAGACUGAUGAGGUCAC